AUGGCCGCCAACCCAAGCAACCUCCCAGCAGACACACCCAUUGCCCUCACCGGCGUGCAGGAGACGCUCCUUAUCACGCUCCGCGCCAAGUACCUGGACUUUUACCACCCGCGACCCCUCCUCGCCGACCGUUGGGCCGUCGCUGUGCUUGACCACUUCGGCCCGCGACUGCGCACCCCGUCCGGGCUCCCAGUCCCCAUCACUCUGCUGCGCAUGCGCACCCGCACCAUCGACGAAGUCACAUCUGCCUUUCUGACGCGGCACCGGGACGCGCCCGUCGCUGUCGUGCAUCUCGCGUGCGGCUUGGAUGCCCGCGCGCUGCGCCUGCGCGAAAAGUGCGGGGUUGAUGUGCGCUGGAUCGACCUCGACCUGCCCGACGUCAUUGACGCCCGGCGCCGCAUGACCGCCGUUCUGCCUGAGCCGCCUGCGGUCGCUGGUGGAGGCGGCAAAUAUGCGUACAAUAUGGUGGCGGCGGAUGUGACAACAACCGAGUGGCUUGAGGACCUCGGCGCCGACCGCCCAACGCUCGUCAUCAUGGAGGGCUUACUCAUGUAUCUGAGCGUCGCAGACGCCGAAGCGCUUGUGCAGAGACUCGUCGACCGCUUUGCGCCGUGUGGUGGGGAGAUUGUGUUUGAUGCCCUCUCGCCGUUGUAUGCGGCAUUGCAGAGACGGACGGUUCGCCGGCCGGGGAGCUUCGACGUGCAUGUUGGCUACGCGGCUGGCAGUCCCGCAGACGUGCUGAAGCUGGAUAAGAGACUGCAGCUUGUAAAGGCAUACACGGUUACGGAUAAUCCAGCCGUCAAGUUGUUGGGCUUUUGGCCGCGCUUGGCUCUGUGGUUGGUGUCUUGGAUUCCGUAUGCUGGGACUAUGAACCGCUGGAUGGUCUUUGAGAUGUAG